CUGUUACUAGCUAGCUAAGCAUGUGGAUCCUCAAUGAGCACUGUUUAGCGUGAGAAGUGUGCCUCUUGGGCAUCAAUAUGAAGACAGAAGAAGGCACUAUUUCACAGAUCAAUAACAGAGUUUGAGUUUACCUCACUGGAAUUAUUGCAAAUGUAGCUAGAUACACAAACAUCGAUUUAAGUGGAAAUCGUAAGUUUUUAGCCACAGUGAGUUAGCUAACCAUAACGAGACAGCAAAAAUGAACUUGUCUUUUGACGAUCAGUCACUGGAUAAUCUGGAUCCAACCAUAUCCCUAAAUGACCCCAGCGAUAUUGACACGGCUCUGCUCAAUGACAUUGAUGACAUGCUGCAGCUCAUCAACAACCAGGACAUGGUGGAGUUCAACCAGGACAUGGCGGGUCUCUUUGACCCCCCUCAGUUCACAGGGGUCACCCCUACCCAGGACCUCCCUGCCCUCGGCCUGCCCCACUCCAUCCCCUCCCCUCCAUCCACCACAUCCUCCUCCAUCCUGAGCAGCAGCCCCCACCUUGAUGCUCUCCUGGGGCCCCCCAUCAUCCGCAGUUCCUCCCCCCCAGACAAGGCCUUCCACCCCCCCACCUUCCAGCAGUCGCCCCUGGCCCAGGUCACCACCUCCACCCCUGUACCACUACCCAGGCCGCAGCCGCAGCCAGCUCCCCAGCAGGGCUCUCCAUCAGCCCAGGCUGCUCAGGGUCUCAGGCAGCCCAAGGUGGACCUGCCCCUGCCGGUCCUCUCCCCUCCAGCCCCUGUUCCAGUCCAGUUUCCUCCCCCAGCCUCCUCCCCCCAUACUGUACCCGGCCAGAGCCCUGUGUCCAGCGCUGCCCCCCAAGCCCUGUUCACCUCUCCUGCCCCCCAGCAGCCCCAGGCCCACGCCCAGCAGAUCCGGAUUAACUACAGCACCCAAAAUGGCUACAAAGCUGUCAAUCAUCAAGGAGGCCCCGCCCAGCCCAUGGUCAGCCUGUCGUCGUCCCCUUCCGGUGUUCAGCCAAUGGCCAUCCAGGCUCUGACCACCACGGCCCCCCUCCUGACCACCUCAGCAAGCCCCCCAGCUCAGACCAUCGCAUCACACCACAUUCAACAAGUGUUGCUCCAGCCCCAGUUUAUCAAGGCUGAGUCUCUGCUGCUGACCACCUUGAACCGUGACCCCUGUAUGGUCACUACUGUGGCCUCUCCAUGCAUCACCUCCCUGGCCACCACCACAUCCCAGAGCACCCACUCACUGCAGGCUCUGAUGAGUGGUGGUACCUUCCUGACCACAGUGCCAGUGAUGAUGGACUCUGACAAGCUGCCCAUCAACCGUAUCACAAUCAGCAGUAAACCUAUGGGCCUGCCCCCCAAGGGCGAGAAGCGCACCGCCCACAACGCCAUCGAGAAGCGCUACCGCUCGUCCAUCAACGACAAGAUCCUUGAGCUUAAAGACCUGGUGGCCGGGACUGAGGCCAAACAGCUCAACAAGUCGGCAAUUCUGAAGAAGGCGAUAGACUACAUCCGCUACCUGCAGCAGUCCAACCAGAAACUGAAAAAAGAGAACAUGGCCCUGAAGAUGUCUGCCCAGAAGAACAAGUCUCUGAAGGACCUGGUAACCAUGGAAGUGGACGGCCCACAGACGGACGUAAAGAGCGAGCUACCCACCCCUCCGCCAUCCGACGUGGGCUCUCCCACCUCCUACUCCCACUGUGGCAGCGACUCAGAACCCGACAGCCCCAUGGGGGAGGACAGCAAGCCGGCGGUCAAUCUGAUGGACACGUCCUCGUCCACCCCGGGCAGUGCUGGCAUGCUGGACCGCUCCCGCAUGGCGCUGUGCACAUUCACCUUCCUCUUCCUCUCCCUCAAUCCCCUGGCUGCCAUGCUGUGUGGAGGGAUGGGCUCCAGCACCACCGCUAACAACCACGCAGUGCAUCCUGGGACAGGCAGGAACAUGCUGGGCCUAGACAACGCAGCUGACUCGUGGGGCUGGAUGGACUGGGUGCUACCCACUCUGUUGGUGUGGCUGCUGAAUGGUGUGCUGGUGGCUGGGGUUCUGGUCAGAGUGUUGGUCUAUGGAGAGCCAGUCACCAGGCCCCACUCUGGAUCCUCCGUGCUGUUCUGGAGGCACCGCAAGCAGGCAGACCUCGACCUGGCACGGGGAGACUUUGCCCAGGCCAGUCAGAACCUGUGGACCUGCCUCAAGGCCCUGGGUCGCCCCUUACCCACCUCUCAGUUGGACCUGGCCUGUGCUGCCCUGUGGGCCCUGCUCCGCCUCUGCCUCCAGCGGCUAGGGGUGGGUCGCUGGUUGGCUGCCAGGGCCGGGGGGCUCCGCGCCAGGGGGCUCCGGGAGGAUGCGUGCAAGAGCAGCCGCGACGCUGCCCUGGUCUACCACCGCCUGCACCAGCUGCACAUGACCGGUAAACUGGGCGGUAGCCACCUGUCUGCGGUUCACAUGGCUCUGAGUGCUGUAAACCUGGCAGAGUGUUCAGGCUCCUGCCUCCCCGUGGCCACGCUAGGAGAGGUCUACGUCUCCGCAGCCCUACGAGUCAAAGCCAGCCUACCCAGACUCCUUCACUUCUCCUCCCGUCUGUUCCUGAGCAGUGCCCGCCAGGCGUGUCUCUCCUCCAGUGGCAGUGUCCCCCCGGCCAUGCAGUGGCUCUGUCACCCUCUGGGCCACCGCUUCUUUGUGGACGGGGACUGGGCCGUCCGCAGCACCCCCAAAGAUAGCAUCUACAGCCAGGCAGGGAACACAGUGGACCCUCUGGCCCAGGUGACACAGGCCUUCAGAGAACACCUGUUGGAGAAGGCUCUGUACUGUGUGGCCCAGCCCCGGGGGGAGAAGAGCCCCAGUGAUGGAGAGGGGGAGUAUGCAGAUGCUCUGGAGUACCUUCAGCUGUUGACUAGUGCAUCAGACGCCGCCGGAGCCAACACCCAGUCCUUCGCCAUCGGAUCCAACAUGGCUACCGUCACUGGCUGUGACCUUCAUUCCAAAUGGUGGUCGUCGGUUGCCGUGGUGAUCAUUAACUGGCUCCAAGGAGACGACGCAGCGGCCGAGAGACUGUACCCCGCCGCCGAGCACCUGCCCCGUAGUCUACAGACUGCAGAGAGUCCGUUGCCCAGGGCGUCUUUGAACACGUUCCGAGGGGUGCGAGCCAUGCUGACCAAACCAGAGAACUGUCAGCUGAGUCUGAGCCACAGUGAGAAGGCCAGCGGCCUGCUGAGAGACAGCCUCAACCUGGGACCACACUGUCACAGCAGCAGCCUAGACAAGGUGGUCCAGUUGCUGCUGUGUGACCUGCUGCUGGUGAUGCGGACCAACGUGUGGCGUCUGCAGCAGAGCUCCAGUCCCGGGGGUCUCUCCUUGCAGGCCUCCCCGGCCGAGCUGCACGGCUUCCAGCAGGACCUCUCCUCCCUCAGGAAGCUGGCCCAGAGCUUCAGGCCCGCCAUGCGCAGGUUGUUUCUUCAUGAGGCAACCGCCAGGCUGAUGGCUGGGGCCAGUCCCACGCGAACACAUCAGCUCCUGGACCGUUCGCUCAGACGCAGAGCCACCCCCGGAGCCAAGACGGAGGAGUGUGAGAUGCGUCCUGGCCAGAGGGAGCAGGCUGAAGCGGUGAUGUUGGCGUGUCGCUACCUGCCCCCCUCCUUCCUGUCGGCACCGGGCCAGCGGGUGGGCAUGCUGGCGGAUGCAGCCCGGACACUGGAGAAGCUGGGGGACAAGCGCACCCUCCACGACUGCCAGCAGAUGAUCAUUAAGCUGGGCAGCGGCACUACUGUCACCUCUGCCUAGACUAUACAGAGCGAGGCAGAGAGACCAGCCCCCCCCCCCCACACACAUACACACACAUGGAUGAAGGAGGUUUUUGGCAUUUGGCCUGCAGCUGACAAACAGACAUACAGACAGUCUAACUAGACAUUGAGAAUCAUAUCAGGCAUACAGACAGACGAAUAAACACACCUGACAGUUACCUGCCAUUAGUUUCAUAUCACCUGUCAGUAGACAGCUCUCAGAGUGACAGUUUAGCAGGGGAGGACUUCACCCCAGUAAAGUGUUGCUAUUGACAUUGUUGACAUGAUCUGUCAUGUAAGCUAGUCGUCAUCAUCCAGGAUAUAUAGGUUCACAUUUCUGUUUCUUUUCUAUUCCCCUGCGUGAAAUGCACUGUAGUGGCGGAGUGUGUCCACUGGGUGGGGUUCUGGCGCCCUCUGCAGGACUGUGAAGGUGUGAUGGCUGGGAGUGUGUGUGCGAGCAAGAGAGGGUGAGAGGAAGGGGAAAGGUUUUUACCUGCAGUUAUACACUACUAGCCCCAUGUUUUGAUUGGACGAUGCACCUUACAAAGCGAAGCACUCUGUUGUGAUUGGUGUGUUUAGAGAGUGGCUGUCUCUGAUUGGCUGCGGUGGGAGGAGCAAACUGCGUUGGGACAGACUGGUCUUUUUGAGGAGCACAACAUUUCAGAAAAGAAAUAGAAAUAUAUCGUGUAGAGCAGACGGGUUUCUCUAUCAUGUUGAAAAGAGGACCAUGACAGAGCUAUACAUUGUUUCUAUCUGCGAUGGUCUGAAAUGUUGCAUCUCUGUCACGUCUUUUAAUCUGCACUGGCCCAGAGGGGCUGUAUUUGAGGAGUUCUGUAAUAUUGUGGCUUUUCCUUUUCAUAUUAUUUUCUUUAUUGUUGUUGCUGUGUAUAUAUUUUACAGUGUAUUUAUAAUCUGUCUGAGAUUUGUUCUGUUGAUCAGUAUUUUCCAUUGUCUGGGUGAUCAUUAUUACUUUCCACCCUCAUUGUGUAGCAUAGGCAGAGGCUUGGGGUCCAAUGGGGAGUAUGGAUGCGUCCCAAAUGGCACCCUAUUCUCUAUAUGGUGCACUACUUCCUAUGGACCCUAGUCAAAAGUAGUGCACCACAAAAGGGAAUAGGGUGCCAUUUGGUAUGUGUUACUUACCAACUAUGGCAACAAACAUAGGUUAAGUGUAUCAAAAAAGGGGACAGUGUCCAUGUUCUUUUGUGGCAAAGGAGGGUCAAAGACCAUUCAAUAUUGUCAUCAGACUCAUGUGAGCGUUUGCACUAUUGCGCAAGGUGUGUGCUGCCAUUAUGAUGAUAUCGGAAAGAGUUGGAGGUGUUGAGUCCUCGAGCGAUAGGCUCCAGUCUAGGGUUGAGCCGCCGGGCCACCCAUAACAGAACAUUGACUUUAAUGGGAAUGUCCAUUCUAGUAAUUAUAUUUCUAUGGUGGUGACCCCCCCCCUCCCCAAAGUCACUCCGUUCAAGACCAAUAGCUUACAAAUGAGUCCGAGUCUCAUCUAGUAUUUCUAGAUCUCAUGAUUUAAUAUACUCUUGUUAAUAUCAUCUCUUCUUCAAAAGAAGGCCUGUAGCGAGGCUGCCACACCCUCCUGUAGUCAGGCCCCUGGGUCCUGUUCAUUAGGCCCCAAAUGGAAGAAAAUGGGUUGUUCUUGUCCAAUAAGAAACUGUAAUUUUUGUUUUCCGUUGCAAAACGUUUUUAAAACGUGUGCUCCUUUUGAACAGGACCCAUAUGUUAAAAAGACAGAGUGAAAGAGUUUUGUGUGUGUGUGUGUGUGUGUGUACAACCCUGUUCCAGAACCACAGUUUUUGUUUUCAGAAGACUGUAAAACCCGUUUUGGUUCUUUAGCAUGCUUUUGUUGUUUAUCCCAGGACAUGCUAGUUUCUAAUGGUGUAUCAUUGUAAAUGACUGGCUGAGGGACACUGGACUGAUGAUUCCUUCCCAGUGUGUUGGGUCAGUCUGUGGUGUGACUGUUAAAUCAUCACAACCACAUCUCAACAUGUAGUGUUAUUAUGUUUCUUAAUCAACAUAUUCUUUCCUUCCCUGGCUUUCUCCUUCUUUGCUCAUUGGUUUAUUCCUGGAUAUGUAAAUAAAAAUACAAUUUUGUAACGAAA